GUUGGUAAGAAGCCUUCUCUUGAAUGGCCCUAUUUGGUGCAAAAAAUUAAAAUGAUUUGAAGUUAUAAUAUAAAUAUGGAAUAUCAAAAUUCGAGAGUGAGUGAAAAUGACAAUCAUUCGUGGUCAGUGACUCCAAUUCUUGGAAUCAAAUUCUUCUUCAUUCAUUUACUUUGCAACUUGUGUUGUCAGCAUAUUGUUGAUUCUCCUGAAAAAUUCCAACAUUCUUUUUUUGUUAGAUUCUAAAAUUUUCUUGAAGUUCAGUAUCUUAAUGUUUGAGGGAAGUGUCAAAGAUUUGAUUUUUAUUUGACAGUAAAGAGAGAAAACCAGUGUUAAAGAUUGUGUCUUGUUAAUGGAACUGGUAGCUUACUCUGACCCCAUGACUGAAUCAAGAAACUCUAGCCCACCAUGGCAAGAAAUGUUUCGAUCUGCUGCAAUGAAGAAAACUGACCAACAAACAAAGAAUCAUGGCUCCCCACAGACUCCUCCCAAAACCCCAGAAGCCAAAGAGCAACAAGUUCACAACUUUUUAUCAGAUGAAGCUCAGGUACGCUUCGCACUCUAUAUAGCGAUGGCUCAUGCUGGUCUUGCUUUCACAAUUUUCAGUCUUUAUGCUGUUGGCAAAUUGCUUGAAGAAUAUUUAAGGCCUAUUUUGUGGGCUGUGCUUUGUUCAAUACCUUUAAGAGGAAUUCAGCAAGCCCUUGUUGCAUUUUGGUCUGAACCUUUAAAGCUAGGCCUCACAGAGACCAUUAUGGCGAUCCCAGUUGCUGUAUUCAGGAUUUUUGUUGGAACCCUUGUUGAUAUCAGGGAAAUGAUUUUCAGAGUUGUUCUACGGAGACAGAAAGGUAGUGCUUUGAAGCGUAAUCGAAGUGGAUUUUUUAUGUUGUUGAGGUGGCUAGUUUCAUUUUGGGUGUUUGUGAUGGCAUAUGAGCAAAUCGGUCUCUUUGGAUCAGUUGCUCUUCUUGCUUUGGGGUUUAUGUUUCCUGUUAACAGUGUUGAGUCUACGAUGGAUGCAGUAACGUCUUUCAGGAGUCAUAGUUUUCGUAGACUGUCGAUAUCUGCUUUCUUCACUAGAGGGAUAUUGAAAAGAUUGAAAACCAUUGUGGCGGUAGGACUUAUUAUUGGGCUGAGCGUAGGUUCUUUGGCAGGUACAAUUUUCUUCUCUUAUGAGAUUGGAAUUGAAGGAAAAGACGCUGUUAUUGCGUUAAAAUCACGUGUAGAGGAGAGUAAUUAUGCUGAGAAAAUUGGUGUCAAACAAUGGAUGGAUGAAAAUGAUGUCCCCGCUAUGGUCGAUAAGUACAGUAAUCAAUUGUAUGAGACUGUAUUCUACCAGCUAGAUAGCUAUGCUAAGCAAUAUAAUAUGACUGAGUUUGUUUCCGGGAUCAAACAUUUUAUCACUACUCCGGUGAAUAGUUCUUUUGAGCGUUCUACAGCUUUGUCAUCCCGCUCUAGAUACACUAAGAAGAUCAUGAGCAUAAAAAAGAGGAUUAAGGAUCGCGAAUGGAGACAAAUGUAUACAGAAAUGGACGCGUUUUUCAAGGAAUUGUUGAUCACUAGAAAGGACUUGGUUGAAAAGGCAAAAGGAUUUGCCCUUCAAGGAGCAAAUGUAAUGCAAGGAGUAAUAAUUACUAGCUCAUCUCUUUUAGGUAGCAGUAUGCAGGUCAUGUUUUCGAUUGGAAAUUCUAUACUUUCAGGAGCUGCAGGUCUUUUCAAUUUCGUGUCCCAGUCGAUGGUGUUCUUUUGGGUACUUUAUUAUCUUAUCACAUCGGAGUCUGGAGGAGCAACGGAACAAGUAAUAUGUAUGCUUCCAAUACCACAUUCUGCAAGAACUCGAUGUGUUGAAGUUCUUGAUAAAGCAAUUUCUGGUGUCAUUUUAGCUACUGCUGAGAUUGCAUUCUUUCAGGGAUGCCUGACUUGGCUCUUGUUUAGAUUAUACUCGAUACAUUUUCUGUACAUGUCGACUGUUCUUGCAUUUAUAAGUCCUUUGUUUCCGAUAUUCCCUACGUGGCUUUCAACUAUCCCAACAGCAUUACAGUUGGUGUUUGAAGGUCGAUACAUGUUGGCGAUCAGUUUAUCCUUUAUCCAUCUUGUGCUUAUGGACUAUGGUACUUCGGAAAUUCAAGAUGAUAUCCCUGGCUAUAGUGCAUAUCUCACUGGUCUCAGCAUCAUCGGUGGAAUGACACUGUGCUCUUCAGCAAUUGAGUGGCACUCAGCUGCACGCCUCUGUUAUUUUGCCAAGCAAGUAAAGAUAAGUGGAUGAUCAGUUAGCUGAAGAAAUGCAUGGAGCAAUAAUGGGUCCGCUAAUAACUACUGUUGUGAUUGGAAUCAAAGAUUUGUAUGUCGAGUUUGUACUGGAAGCACAGAAGGAAUAAACAGAACUAACUCGAAUGUUGUCUCCUACAUGCAUUCAAAACCUCUUGUACUGCAACUUAGCUUGAUUCGUGAAGUGUUACAAUGGAACACUGAAUCUUUUUUCGCGGAUCAAUGGUUGGAUUUGGUUCUCCCUGUGGUGGACUGUCUGUGUUCUCUGCAAAUUGGCUCGACAUUUAUGUAUGUUUCAACAAUCUGUCAAUUCGUCUUCCUCUGCAAAUUGGCUUGAGGUCUUAUGUAUGUCCCCAAAAUCUGUCAAUAUGUGUGUGUAUUUUUUCAAGCUCUUCAGUUACUGUAUAUUUAUAUGUAGUAUCACUUUUCUGAAUAUCUUAUUGUAUGAAGAGUUAGUUAUUUUCCAUCA